AUGUCGACCGCACCGCUGUGUACCACCACGUUUAAACUCAACAAUGGUCGCCCUGGAUCCGAUGAUGAAAAGGCCCUUGAGGACUGCAUCGUCACUGCCUUGAAGAACGGCUAUCGCCUUCUCGACACGGCGCAGCGGUACGAGGUCGAGCCUGUGGUCGGCCGCGCCAUCCGCAAAAGCGGCGUCCCGCGCGAGGAAAUCACCGUCGUGACGAAAUUCUGGGGCGAGUGGCACCACAACCCCGCCGAAGCCCUCGAGAUCUCUCUUCGCGAUCUCGAGCUCGACUACGUCGACGUGUUCCUCAUGCACUGGCCUUGGGCGACCACUCCUGCGCCCGAGUGCAAGCCGCUGCGCAUCACCGAGAGCCCGACGUUUGCGGAGACGUGGACGUUGAUGGAGGGUUUGGUCGGGCCCAAGUGUCGGGUGAUUGGCGUGAGCAACUUUACGCAAAAGACGCUGGAUGUGCUCUUGGCUACGGCCAAGAUUGUGCCUGCGGUAAAUCAGGUUGAGCUGCAUGCGCUCAACCCCAACUUGAAACUCGUCCCUUACUGCGAGUCGAAAACAUUCACCACCCUCGGAGGCUCCCGGCCAGGCGCCAACAACGAGAUUCUCACUCACCCGCUCUUCACGGAGAUUGCCAAGGCGCAUGGAUGCUCCACCGGUGUCGUAUCGCUGUCUUGGGCCGUGCAGAGGGGCACAACCGUCAUCCCGAAGAGCAGCUCGGAGUCACGCAUCAUUGAGAACAUCAGGCUGGUAACUCUGACGGAGGACGAGAUGCAAAAGAUUAAUGAUGCUCACAAAACGAUACAUCAGUACCGGCUUGCAGACCAUAUCACGGGCUUGAUGAUCGAGAUGGAUGGUCAGCAAACGCUUCAAGGCUCCCAGGCUCUACCCAACCAUGCCAAGCGCAUCACCCUAGAGCUGAAUAUGGAUGCCAAGGAUGGGCUGAAAUCAAAGUACAAGACAACACCCCAACAAAGCACCAUGUCUGUACAAAAGGAUGCAAAGUGGUGGGACGGCCACGCUCGCAGCUAUGCCAAGAAGCCAGUCAGUGACGAAGCCGGCUAUCAACGGACCCUCAAACGGGUGACUGGCUUCUUAAAGCCGACGGAUAGGGUCCUCGAGUUGGGCUGCGGCUCCGGGUCCACCGCUUUGAAUUUAGCUCCGGCGGCGCAAACGUACCUGGCCACCGACAUCUCCCCAACCAUGAUUCAGAUCGCCAACGACAAGAUUGCCGCGUCUCCCGCCCCAAAUCUGUCAUUUCGAGUAGCGUCCGCCGAAACUCUGGCGGCCGAGGACGCGCGGUUUCACACCGUGCUCGGAUUCAACUAUCUUCACCUGGUGCGCGAUCUCCCGGGACGCUGCGCAGCAUCCACGCGGUUCUCGAGGAUGGCGGUCUCUUGA